UGGGUAGAGGAACUGACUUAUAAAAGGUGGUGUGUAGCAGACAGCAGCACAUAGUGCCAGUUUGGCCAGGAUAUACAAGCAAGCGGUUCACUUUAGCUUGUGUUAGUUAGCAGGUGUAGUUUUCUAGCAGCUAGGCUAGCUUUAGACACUGCCAACACAUCAGUGGCUAUGGCUUUUGGCUUUUUCCUUAGUGUGACCUUUCUCCUGUCUGUGUGGACAACUGCAAAAUGUGAUCAUAUUCCCAAUGAAGGUCUUCGUAUGGAGUGUCAUGAUCGUUACUUCAUGAUAUCCGUUGAUCUCUUCGUCACUGGGAAUGAACCUUCCUUUGAGGCUGUUGAUGAGACCGGUGUGUACCCCAUCACUGAGCAGUAUGCAGCAAAGUGUGGCUACAGUGUCAGUGUUUUCCCUCCAUUGGAACAUGUAGAGCUCAGAGCCUCUUACUUCAGCUGCCACACGGACAACAAGGAGGAUGAAGUGUUCACAUUCAACUUCAACCUGAUUGUGACACACAAAGGAAAGGAAAUCACCUAUGCUUUGAACAAGACCUGUUCUCCUUCUCUCCCCUGGUCUCCCAGAGAGGUCACCUGUGAGGUCAACUACAUGGAAGUGUCUGUGAGUAGUGAUGUGGCCUGUCCAACUGGGACAAAGGAUGACUGGGAUGCUGUUGUCAAAACGGCCUAUGCCUCAGCCACUUCAGAUUGGCAGGUGAUAUUUCAGAGGGUGCAGCAGGAGCCGAUGCCCAUUAGCCUUAAAACGGCUAAGAAGCAUGGAUAUGCAUUUGACAUGAUGGCUGGAAGGCUUGUAUUUCGUGCUCCGUAUGGACAACCUGACUCAUUCAGCACUGAGGUGAAUGGUGUUCCAGUAGAGGUGGUCCAUGCAACACUAUUCUCCAGACAAAGCUGGGUUUUAAUCAUGGUUGACCUGGUGGCUGCUUGCUCAAUGGAUAAAGAAUCAUAUGACAACGGCUACAUUAUGUGGGAGACUCCUGAGGUGCCGCAUCCGUUGGUGUUUUGUCUACACAGGAUGCAGGUCAACAUUGGAGUCAAUGGUGAACUUGUGGAGCAGUCGGUUGCAGAGGAGAGAGGCUACAUUGUGAAGCAGCGCAACUCCACAGUUGAGAUCAGCAUCCCCUAUAAUGCUGAAGGAGGAUACAGGAAGAGUAUUGUGUCUGGGAACCUCUAUGAGUUCUACAUCUUUCAUCUCUACUUGGAGCAAAUCUCAGUGGAUGAGGAUCAUGUUGACAGCAGACUUCACAUUCACAGGACACUGGCCACUCCACUGCUGCCACGCUCUGUUUUCACUGAAGACCGAACAAUUCCUGAGGAGCGCACAUUCACGGUCUACCUCGGGGAUGUCCCUGAAGAUGUCGAGUUGGCUGCGGUUCAUUUGAAUGGACGGGAAUUUACAGUUCCGUUUACAAAUACAAGCAGCCACAACAUCACAGGAGUCGUUUCUCCCAACCACACUCAUGGCUACACUCUGAAAGUGCCUUUUGAUGACCCUGUUGUCAUGCAGGAGUUAAUCAAAGAUGCAAUGAUGCAGCACAGGUUGGACAUCAACUACACACUGACUGUUCUGCCUGAAAAUGAGCCUUUUUACCAACUAGCAUCAGUGAUGGCAAUAACUGCUGCCUUCUUUGAUGCUGUCUGUUCGGAGUCUGGUAUCAGCUUUAAACUGGACUACCGGCCUAUUGACCACCUGGGGGAGAUCUAUAUCGGCUCAGAGCUGCUGACUGCAGAACUGGCAGCUAAGCACGGCUACAUCAUGAGCAACAAUAGCCAGAGACUGCUGCUUGAGGUGCCACUCUUUACUCAUGGCUAUGAGUACAAGGACAUUACUUUGAAGGGCUUCUUCGGCACUUUUGAGCUCCUUUUGCGGGAUCAUGAAACGGAGGUCCAAAAUUCAACUGUGAAGACUUGUCAGUUCUCUGCUACUGAACUCAUUGUGUGUUCAGCUGAUGGUAGUAUAACUGUGGUGGCUGACUUGCCUUCGGUCAUCACAAGUGAAGGAGUUCCUGCUGGAACCAACCUGGUAGACCCAAACUGUGGACCCAAAGAGAUGGACAGCUCCAGGGCUCUCUUCUCUUUUCCAGUCAACAGCUGUGGAUCCACAGUCAAGCUUGGCAAGGAGUCUGUGACAUAUGAAAAUGAGAUUUUCUUCAGCAAGAAGUUGCAUGCUCCUGCUAACUUCAGCAAUGACUUUGACAGGGUGACAAUGCAAUGUACAUAUCCUCUGGCUGGACUGUUGCGUCUCUUCUCAGUAUUCAGGUUUGAGUCGGACUCGGCUGGCGUCGGCCAUAUUGUGCAUUCUGCACACUCCACUGAAGGUUUACGGAGUCCCACCAUCAAGCCCACUACAGUGCUUCAAACACCAUUGUCCACUCGAAGUGUUUCAAGUCAACCUGCUUACCGGCCUUCUGUUAAGCACAUCAAAGGAUCAGGCUUUCCAAAAAAUGUCUCGAAGAACGGAUCCAGCUUUCCAGAGAACGUAUCCAUUAAGACUACUACAUUGCUUCAAAUGCAACCUGCUUACCAGCCUCGUGCUCAGUACAGCAAAGUCUCCUUCUUUCCAAAUGAUGUCUCAAAGAAAGUAUCCAGCUUUCUAAAUGAUGAAUCAAAAAAAAUAUUAGAUAUUGUAAACAAUGUCUCAAAGAAAUUAGCCAGCUUUCUGACUGAUAUCUCGACGACCACAUCUGGCUUUCUAAAUGAUGUCUCACUGUAAGGAGCCGGAGGGUCAUCCGAAGCUAAAGUGACUCCAUAAUUUGGAUUGUGAUUGCAUGAGUUUUAAAUGUAAAGCUCAAUAAAUUGUCUUUAAAUGCUC